AAAUACACACGAAGUGGUACUAUCUAUAGUACUACUACUUCAUUCUCUUCUUUUCUUUUUCUCUCUCUAAAUUAAUUAAUCAUAUAUAUAAAUAUAUAAAGAGAUGGAUAAGUCAAUAAUCGGGGCUGGUGUUUCAUCCAAUUACAAUGAAUCAUCAUCGGACGGUGUAAACAGGUUAGUAGAUCAAGAUCAACGGCUGCUACCGAUAGCAAACGUGGGGAGGAUGAUGAAGCAAAUACUGCCACCCAACGCUAAGAUCUCAAAGGAAGCCAAGGAGACCAUGCAAGAGUGCGUGUCGGAGUUCGUGAGUUUCGUCACUGGAGAGGCCUCGGAGAAGUGCCGCCGUGAGCGGCGGAAGACGGUGAACGGAGACGACGUGUGCUGGGCUCUGGCCGCCUUGGGAUUCGAUGAGUAUGCGGGCCCUUUGAAGAGGUACUUGCAUAGGUAUAGAGAGCUAGAAGUAGAGAAGUCCUCCUCCUCUAUUAAUAUUAAUAAUAAUAAUAAUAAUAAUUUGAUGGUGAUAAGAUUGAACGACCAAAAUAUUCCUGCGUUUCAUCACUAUGUCUCUCCAAACGACGACGAUGCAUUAUUGUGAAUUAAUUUGUAUCACUUGAACAAUUAAUUUCAUGCUAUUACUUGAAAAAUGAUGCUAAGUAUAAACAUGCUUAAAAAAGUUACCUUCUAUUUCUUUUAUUAUUAUUA